AUGUCCGAAGGGAUCGACACUUUGCAAUCCCUGUACUCGCGUUCGGGGAGGUCGUUUUCCGACGGCCCUUCUUCAAACUCAGCGGGUGAAUCUCGUCGUACUGCUCGACGAGACCAAGUACAUCAACAAUCAGAUGGGCACGAGGCUCCAAGCUGUCCCACGCUGGUGUAUAGCCACUCCAGCGGACGAGUUAACUCGUCCGGACGCCAUUCACGUUGCGGUGGUUCAAAAUACGCUCCACCAGAAAUCGUUGACCACCGCCUGAGUCCACUAAAGGAUGUGGUGGCGGUGGGAACACCUGAUCCGACUCGAGGGUCGGAUCAAGUUGACGUUCAAGAGCUGAACCGUCUAACGGAACAGUUGCAAGAUGACCUGGCUCAAGAACGAUCUCGGCGUUGUGGGCUUGAGGAUCUUGUGAGGAAUAAAUACAAUUCCUUAACGCAAAAUCUUUCGGACGAUCGUGCCGCGUUUGCGUUCGCGCAACUUGAGAAGGAACGUUCGACUCGUUUUCUUCGUGACGAUCUGACUGCAUCUCUUCAGGACAUCGCUCAUCUGCGUGAGCAGUUCGCUUCGCUAGACGACCAGAGUGGGUCGUUGAAACGUGACCACUCGAAGGUGGUCUCGGCUCUUGACCGCGGAGGUGUUCUUCGCCUUAAAAAAUGGGCUCGUACUGAUAGUACAGGCGGAGGUGACCGACGUAAAACUUAG